AUGGAUUUGAGUUGGAGUAAUGACGUCAUUCCACUCAAUAAAGACGAAGAAAACGCAACAGUGGACAAGUCCGGAAAGAACGACGAAGAAGUUAACUCACUCGAUUUUUUGAAUUGUGAAGAAAAGGCCCAAAUCUUUGCUUGGAGUCAGAGGAGUGUGGGGAAAGUUAUUUUUGAUUAUUCGGCGACGCGUUUGCACGGGUGUUCGGGGAGAUACUUCAAUGCUAUUAAUUCAGUGAAAGGGUUUUUAAUAGCAAUUUUAUGCGGAGAAUACCUCUUUGGUGUUGUUGUAACAAAGCCCGUUCAAAUAUACGGAGACUGUGUUGCCGAUAGUAAUUGCUUUGUUUUUGUUUUGAGAGAAAAUGGAAUAAAGAAAAGAAGGAAAUUUAGUAUAAAAGAAGAGGAUAAAGAAUUUGCGUUCACUAUGGGUAGGCAUAACAGCACUAAAUUUUUCGAAGUCGGAAAAGGAGACUUGAAAUUAUACAGAAAAAAAACCAAAAAUUGUUUGGCUUGCGAAUAUAACGGGAAGUCCUUUGAAUAUGGAGAAAAAAGAGUUAAUGUGUUAGGUAGUGAAAAUCGGUAUGGACAAAUUAAAGUCGAUCGAUUUGUGAUAUUUGCAUUGGAAAAUUGA